GGGUUUAAUGGUGUUUAAGUAAGACGAUAAACCCAUUUGUAUGCAAUCGAAGGGGUUUAUCUUCUCACCUAAGCUCCGUUACUACUCUUAUUUUGAAGGGGAUGCUUUUUUUUCCCCAUUGGAUGUAAAACUUUUCUCUUUGCAGUCAGCAGCACCGCCUCCGCGAUUUGCGUGGCAGCGUCUGAACUCUACCCCGCCACCACGUCAUUCCUGUCAGGGCGCUUCAUUCUUCCGCUACCUUUGGGAUCCGAGCAGAGAAAAAGUGCGCAGGUUCGAUUCCCCCCCAGAACCAUGAUGACUGGAUUUCGGCUGAAUCUGUCCCCGCUCAAAGAGCCGCUGGGCUUCGUCAAACUGGUGGAGUGGUUGACGGCCAUCUUUGCGUUUGGAAGCUGCGGUGGUUAUUCCGGAACAAACGUCAUCUCUCUCUUCUGUGGAAAUGGGACGAACGAGACCCUCUCCGCUGCCUUCAGCUACCCCUUCAGGUUAAGCGAGGUUUCACUGGUCGAGUCAAACCUGACUUUCUGCAACCACACGGCUGGCCCCACCCACCUGGUGGGAGACUCCGCCUCCUCGGCAGAGUUCUUUGUGGGCGUGGGCGUGGUCUGUUUCCUGUACUCCAUGGUGGCACUGCUGGUGUAUCUGGGCUACAUGCACGUGUACAAGGACUCCGACUUCGGGCCCAUCAUUGACUUCCUGCUGACGGCGGCGCUGGCCUUCCUCUGGCUGGUGAGCUCGUCGGCGUGGGCCAGGGGGCUGCAGACCGUGAAGCACGCCACCGGGGACGCGGGCAUCGCCGCCACGCUGGGCGUCUGCGCGCAGGGCGACGUCACCUGCCGGGUCACGGAGUUCGCCAGCCUGCGGUCCCUGAACGUCUCCGCGGUGUUUGGCUUCCUGAACCUUUGUGUGUGGGCGGGCAACGCCUGGUUCGUGUACAAAGAGACCCGCUGGCACGCACAGAAACACGGGGGCCAGGCGGCCCCCCAAAGGACCCAGGUCCCCGCAGCCAUAUGAACACACACACACGCACACACACAUCAGAUAAACAUAUGUAGACACACACACGGGUGACUGAACGCAGUUGCCCACAAAAGCCGUAAGCGCAAAUAUAAAAAAAGAACACCCACACACACACACACACACACACACACACACACACACACACACACACACACACACACACACACACACACACACACACACACACACACACACACAGUGCCUUUUGAAGAUGAAGAGUUAAUACUGGCAGUUAGUAAAGAAAAAAGAAGAUAUAUAUCGGUGCUAUCAUCCACAUUGUACAAAACGAUCUCACACACACAUACACACAUGCACGCACACAUGCACGCAUACAUACAUACAUACAUACAUACAUACAUACAUACAUACAUACAUACAUACAUACAUACAUACAUACAUACAUGAGAUCUCACACACACUCUACUAAGACAACAUGAUAUAUACACACAUUCAAACGCAAAAAACACACGCACACACAUAGAGCUAUGAGGCGACAUGCACGCUACAAAAACACCUUCAUAUAUAGACACAAUCACACGGGCACACACACACACACACACACACAGAAACAAGGACGCUGAAUGUGUGUUCACACUCAUGCAUACACAUCUGUGAAGCGUACACACUGGUGACUAAAAUCACUCGUCCACGAUCCAGCAAGAAUCACAAAUACAAUCAGAACACGCACACGCACACGCACACACUAAUAGUGCCUUUUGAAGAUGCAGAUGAGGCAGAGUUAAUACUAGAAAAUCCUUUCUUUUUACAAUUGGUUAUAUCGGUGCUAUCAUCCACAUCGUACAAAACUGACGUGUGGAUGACUCAGCCCAACCAUUAAGAGAGGAUAACCUAUAUUUUAAACAGUUUCCCUUGUUCUUGUGCCAUUCCUGAACCUGUGUCUAAAGCCAUAAAGUCCACUUACAAUAAGGCAACUUACAAGUGAUAUACUAUGUCAUAGUCCCCUCCCAAGUCUCAUUCCUUAAUUAUUAUACACUUAUUAUCAUAUGUAUUAUUAGUAUUAUUAUUAUUAUUAUCAAAAGAAGUUGUAGAGCUGUUGUCUAUAUUAUUUGGUGUCAAACUGAAGUUGUCCACUAAAGUCUAUCAGGCUAGUUGCUACUAAAGAGGGACUCUACUCAAGGUACCAAUUCAGUUUCUCAUUGGGCCAGGGUCUGAAUUCGGUUGAUCUCUAUUCCUGAGGCUGAAAGAGACUCAGAACCAGCCUCUACCAGCAGGUACACACCCAUUGUAUCUGACAGAGAGGGUUAAUGCAAAUCCAAAUGCUUUGGACGAUAAGCACGGGUGAAUCUUGUAAGCGGUACGUUAACCAUUUCCCUUUAGCUGUGAGACACAGCAGUAUUCUCCCGUAGAAAUGUAAACUCGGUUAUGCAUUGUUGGCCGGUGUGUUUUAUAACAUGAAUGCACUCUCUACCCCUACCAGUUGUGUUGGAGUUUGGUCAUGAUAACCGACCAUACCUUAUGUUACACAAACCAUUGUGAGUUGGUAACAUUAUUAUUACAUCAACAUGAUGUUGAUGUUAUGAUAAUUACACAAUAUUGAACUUUAUACUGUUGUACAAAAGUCACUUUUUUCAUUCAUUCAUUUCGCACAAUUUGUUUUUAUUUAGCUCUAAAUGAGCAGCAAUAAAUUUGAGUUUGACCAGAAGGAAAAGAGGUGUUCAUGUUACGAUGAUGUUAUAAAGAUGUUGAAGUAAACUGAAUUUUGUUCACAUUUGUCCUUUCCAUCCUCUAUGGGACAAGUCUUUAGUUGCUUUUGACCAAAGCAGCAUUUUUUUAUUCUAGAAAGAUCUGAACGAUCUUAAUCACCUAUUGUGUUAUUUUAUAUAAAAAAAUCCAAUGAAGGACUAUUUGGUGGUUUGUACAAUGGUUGGUGGGUUGUUAUACCAUUGAGAUUACACAGAAACUGUACUUUUGUUUGUUAUUGACAAUAUGAUGGCUUUUAAUUUUUUUUUAAGUGUUGCACAUUGCCUCAGAUCAGGGUUAUGUAUGACCGAGGCCAAAGUGAAGACAUGAAUGUGUGUGUGUUGGUGUACUGGUUAUGCCACUGCUUCUGUAAUGUAUCCAGCUAAGCACGUUGCCUCACAAUAGUCCCACCAGCUGACGUAUGCCGUUCAGGAGAAUGGUAUUCAGCCUCUCUGCCAAAGUUCUUGUUUUUUUAAAUAAAAGUCAAUAAAUAAACGCUUUAAAAAUA